UCGUAAUCUUGCAUUAAUUUUGUCAUGGCGGAAGAAAACAGGCAACAUCUUCUUUUAGUUAUUAAUGGACUUUUAGAAAGCUCAAGUGAUAGUGAAUAUGACAAUUCAAGUGAUAGUGAUGAUGAACGAAUGGAAGAGGCUAUUAAUUUACUCUAUGCCAAAACUGAACGUCCAAAAGUGAGCGACUACACAGAAAAAGUCAACGAGUACAGUGAUGAAGAGUUCAGAAGAAAUUUUCGAUUAUCGAAGUCCAUGUACGAAAAACUGGCAGAAAUGUACGAGACAUCAGAUUUUAAAAGCAAAAACAAGCAUGGCUUACCCUGCACAUCAACUGAGACGCAACUUCUGACAUUUCUAUGGUUUGCAGGAAAUAAGUGCGUAAUCAGAGAUGUUGCAUCGAGAUUUGAUAUCGCAGAAUCCACAUGUCACAAAACUUGCGAAAUAAUUAUGGAUUUUUUUUUUGAUAUUUCAUCACAAGUCAUCAAAUUUCCAAGGAGCGAAGAAGACAAAGCAGCGGUUGCCACUACAUUUGAGGAGAUUAUCGGAUUUCCUAACAUUAUUGGUGCAAUUGAUGGAAGCUACAUAUCCGUGCGAACUCCAGCUUUUAAAAUAAAGAGCACAUAUGUAAAUAGACAUGACCAAACGUCCAUUACACUCCAAGGAAUUUCUGAUGCUAAGAAAAAGUUUCUGGACGUGUUCACGGGAAUGCCCAGCAAGAUCCACGAUUCUCGGAUUUUUAACAUGUCAUUCAUCAAAGAAGAAUUACCAGAAAUUUGUGGAGAUGAGUGGCAUUUAAUAGGAGAUUUUGCAUAUCCUAUACGAAAAUGGUUCAUGACAACAUACAAAAAUUAUGGACGAUUAACGCGACAACAAAAGAAUUUUAAUUCAAAGCUGUCGCAGAGCCGAGUUAAAAUUGAAAAUGCAUUUGGUUUGCUCAAAGGUCGGUUUAGGCAACUUCAGAGAACAGAGUUCCUAUCAGUUAUAAAAAUAAGCAAAUUUAUAAUAGCUUGUUGUGUGCUGCAUAAUUUAUGUAUUAUGAACUCCGAUGAGUGGGAUGAAGAAUUUGACGAAAAUGAUGUGAAUAAUGCUGAUCAGGAUCAAGCACCACCCCACGACCCCGUCCACGAUAAUGCUGCAAAAAUUGCAGGGGAAAGGAAACGAAACGAGGAUUAG